UUCGGCGGCUCCUUCCAGGAUCCGCGUGACCUUCCGCGUGUUCUACCGCACAGUCCGGGGAGGGGGCUGGCGGAGUCCAAGAACUUCUCCUUGAGGCUGGGGAGUCUCGGCGGACCCUCCGGGCCCAUCGGAGACCUGAGGCAGAGUCACUUUAUUUCUUACACCAAUUUCAAACUAUUUACCCUUGGAUAGCAGUGCAAUUAUAUGAAAGUAUGGCUGGUUAUAAGCCUGUAGCAAUCCAGGCAUAUCCUGUACUUGGUGAAAAAAUCACCCAAGAUACAGUGUACUGGAACAACUAUAAGACCCCUGUGCAGAUCAAGGAGUUUGGUGCAGUGUCAAAAGUAGACUUUUCUCCACAGCCUCCGUAUAAUUAUGCUGUCACAGCUUCUUCAAGGAUUCACAUUUAUGGCCGAUACUCCCAAGAACCUAUAAAAACCUUUUCACGAUUUAAAGACACAGCAUACUGUGCUACUUUUCGGCAGGAUGGUAGACUGCUUGUGGCUGGCAGUGAAGAUGGUGGCAUUCAGCUUUUUGAUAUAAGUGGGAGGGCUCCCCUCAGGCAGUUUGAAGGCCAUACUAAAGCAGUUCAUACAGUAGAUUUUACAGCUGACAAAUAUCAUGUGGUCUCUGGGGCUGAUGAUUAUACAGUUAAAUUAUGGGAUAUUCCAAACUCCAAAGAAAUUCUGACAUUCAAAGAACAUUCUGAUUAUGUGAGGUGUGGAUGUGCUAGCAAACUGAACCCAGAUCUCUUUGUAACAGGGUCAUAUGAUCACACUGUGAAGAUGUUUGAUGCACGAACAAACCAGAGUGUUAUCUCUGUUGAGCAUGGGCAGCCUGUGGAGAGUGUCCUGCUUUUUCCCUCUGGAGGUCUUCUGGUAUCAGCAGGAGGUCGUUAUGUUAAAGUCUGGGACAUGCUAAAAGGAGGACAGUUGCUAGUGUCUUUGAAAAAUCAUCAUAAAACUGUGACGUGCUUAUGUCUGAGCAGCUCUGGACAGAGGUUACUUUCUGGCUCACUGGAUAGGAAGGUGAAAGUAUAUAGCACAACUUCCUACAAAGUAGUCCACAGUUUUGAUUAUGCAGCUUCAAUUUUGAGUCUUGCACUUGCACAUGAAGAUGAGACAAUAGUUGUAGGAAUGACCAACGGAAUACUGAGUGUUAAACAUCGGAAAUCUGAAGCAAAGAAGGAUUCUCUUCCCAGGAGAAGAAGGCCUGCAUAUCGAACUUUUAUUAAAGGAAAAAAUUAUAUGAAACAACAGGAUGACAUUUUGAUCAACAGACCAUCAAAGAAACACCUAGAAUUGUAUGACAGGGAUCUGAAAAACUUCCGGAUCUCUAAGGCACUUGACAGAGUCCUUGAGCCCGAUUGUGCAAUAAAGACGCCUGAGAUUACAGUUUCCAUCAUAAAGGAGCUAAAUCGAAGAGGAGUCCUUGCAAAUGCCCUUGCAGGUCGAGAUGAAAAGGAAAUCAGUCGUGUUCUUAAUUUUUUGAUAAGGAAUCUGUCCCAGCCAAGAUUUGCCCCUGUUUUGAUUAAUGCUGCUGAAAUAAUUAUUGAUAUAUAUCUACCUGUGAUUGGUCAGUCACCUGUAGUUGAUAAAAAGUUUUUGUUACUUCAAGGACUUGUAGAAAAAGAGAUUGAUUACCAAAAAGAACUACUAGAAACCUUGGGGAUGAUGGAUAUGCUUUUUGCUACCAUGACAAGGAAAGAAAGCACUUCUUUGUUGCAGCAUGAUACGUCUGAUGGACUUCUAGAGAACAAGAAGAUUGAAUCAUAGUGUGCACUUAACAGGACACAUAAGAACUAACUUGGAAUAGAUUUGAUGCUGUUAACUACUGGGAAGAAAAUCUCUUUGAUACAUUUAAAAAAACUAUUUACAGAAGCAAUUUUAUGGAAGAGACUGGAAUAACUAUGCUUGGAAAAUAAGAACCUGGUUUUGUUUGUUUGUUUGUUUUUUUGCGGUACACGGGCCUCUCACUGCUGUGGCCUCUCCCGUUGCGGAGCACAGGCUCCGGACACGCAGGCUCAGCGGCCAUGGCUCACGGGCCCAGCCGCUCCGCGGCAUGUGGGAUCUUCCCGGACUGGGGCACGAACCCGUGUCCCCUGCAUCGGCAGGUGGACUCUCAACCACUGUGCCACCAGGGAAGCCCCAGGAACCUGUUUUUAAACAUGGUUUUCCAUGUGCUAUUUUGAAUUAUCUCCUGGCAUCUUCAGCUGGAAGAUCUUCUCAGUUGUUUUGGUCAUAGUGUAUGUCCAUCUUGGACAAGUUGACAUUAAUUUUAAUACAGCAGAGUUCUGUUUCAGCAUUUGAGUAGCCAUUCAGAACUCUGGAGAGGGUUUCAACUAGGCAUCCUGCCAAAGGAACAGGGCUUUAUUUUUCUCUUCUAUCCUGGAAAAACAACAACAACAAAACAAAUGGCAACAACAAAACAAAUGGCAGCAACAAAUAAAUUCUUUCUUCACUCUAAUCGGUGCACUUGGGUAUCCCAAGACCCAGCUGAGUUUGCCUCCCUCUCCUUGAUGUCAUCACUUAUCCCAGGUCACAUGUUCCACCUAGCUGGUAAUUGGACUGUAUCUGUUCCAAAUGUGGCAAAUUAGUGGCCAACUCUGAAUAAUUGACCCUAGUUUGACCUGUAUUCAGAGAGUGUGAUGAGGCAGAUUUGAAUACUAAAAAUUGUGCUCACCAGCCCAUGGUUCUUUUUCUUUCUGUAAUCUUGACUGCUUCUCAGAACAAGGUCUGCAGGUAGGCCUUACAGAUCAUGUUUUUCCUCUUCCCCAAAUAUGCAGCCUUUCUACCAGCUUUUUAACUUGGCUUCAGGUCAGCGGAAUGAUAAAAUUUGCCAUGUCUCUUGUGAUUAAUAGCCUUUCAGCGUUUUUUAUACAUACUGAUAUAUUUGGAGCUUACCUUGUAGCUGCCUACCUCUGAAAACCAUCUGAUCUGUGUUUAGGUUUUUUUUUUUUUUUCCUCUAUUCUUAACAUCACUUUGUGUUUCGGAACCCCAAGCCAGGGUAGCUUGUUUUGGAAAAUACUUGUGUUUUUUAAAAAAAGUUCAAUGUAAAUCACAUUUUUUUAUAAAGAAAUUCAUAUUUUCUUCUUGGCUUUCUGAGAUGUAUCAGUUCCUGAUGGAUAGUCACUGGCUACUGAUUCCUAGUGCACUGAUUUUACACUUGCUACCUUUUCCACCUUCCCCCAGUUCCUUUAGUAGUUAAUUAUCUGUAAGGAAAUGUCAGGCCAGAAGAAUUCUUAGUUAAAGGAAGAUUUUGUAAUUGCAGUCUCUUAAAAUUUCAGUUCUGUGAAUUCAGAUAUAUUUUUUUAAAGCAGAAAAAAAUAUUCCUAUGUUCUGAUAAGGACAUAUGCUCAAACAGAGGGUCUGGUUUCCCCCUCAUGAAUUGACUUAAGCAAUCAUGAAGCCCAGUGGCUUAUAAGAAACCAGGAGUUAACUUCCCUGAGUAAUUAUGAGAUUAGUCAAGGUUAGAAACUGUGUCUUCAUGUUAAGAAGGGUUAAUUUAUUUAAAUAAAUUUAAAGCUUUUUAAAAACUUUAACUUCAUAAAUAUGCUGAUUGGAUACUAUCAAUAGUAAGAAUGAAAGGUUAAAAUUCUACCAAAAAACUAGCUGCCAUCAACUGUCACAUGUGACAAGGGUUUUCCCAUAAAUUAUUUUAUUUGAGUCUCACCACAACCAUCCAAGGUUGGUAUUCUCAUUUAUCUUUGAAUUUACUACAGUAGUUAAUUCACCCUUGAAUUCCCCCAAGCUUGAGUUCCUCAUGCCAGCACC